AUGGCACCGCUAUCGCUUGCGGGAUGCCUAGGUAUUCUUGAUGCCGUCGCAACUGCCAACACCACCAUCCCCGACUUCCUUCGAUUCGUUCUCGCGCACGCGUCAACACUCAAGUAUGACGUGCGUGUGCAGACUAUUCUCGCUGCCUCGGACGAGAUUUUGGGUGUGUUUCUGUCGGCAGAAGAGACAAGGGAUAGGACUCGGCAAUGGGUGGGCCAUAUUGCCGCGGAAACCUUCACCGAAGAGCUUGAGAUCCUGACACACCAACCAACAGCAAAAUUCAAUGCAUCGCACGCCGUGAUUAAGGAGCUGGAGGAAAUUGACAUCGAGGACAUGGCGAGGGACAUGGAAUCGAGUGCCCCAAUUCUCUGGGCAACAUUCAAUGGCCUGCUGAGUGUGCCAUCGGAUAUUCUGGAGCUCCAGGCGCGGAAAAGAGCAGAGUAUCGUACGCGGAAGGGUCGGACAGUGGGUGCAGCAGCGCCAGUGGCUGCAGAUGGUAUUGUGGAUGGUGAAGAUGAGGCAGCGGAGGCUGAAACAUCUGAGGAUGUCCUGGUGCAGCAGAGAAAGGCCCGGGUUCGUAUGAAACAAGUUGUCUGCCUUAGCAUUCUUAUAAACAACCGAAAUACACAUUGCAAUGUCCUUCAAACGCUUGUCGGCGUGUUCUUACAUGCAUGCAAUACCCCAGAGAGUGUCGUGAACUUCCUGUCUCAUGCAGGCAUAUCUAACGCCCCAAGCACAAUCAACUCGUGUGUAUCGAGUCUCUCGGAUGACUCAACAACCGUCAUUCAUACAUCCACUACUGAUUGCGAGAAUGCCUACACAUACGACAACGUGGAUAUUGACCUCAAGCAUUCCACAUCAACAGCAGACCAGCCAACCACAACACUCAUCCAUAUGACAUCGCGAAUGACUUUCCGAUUGCGUCAUCUCCAGCCAGGAGAUCUCUCCUGCAGUGCAGAGCUAUGGCGUUGCUCAGAUGCCAAUCCACACCGACGUCCAUGUCAGGGGAAACCCUGA